AUGUCUUCUCUAUAUGAUAUUAGAGCUGGAGUACCACAAGGCAGUGUACUCGGUCCAACCCUUUAUCUGCUUUUCACAUACGAUUUACCGAAGACGGUAGGAAUUGUAACCGGUACAUUUGCAGAUGAUACAGCUAUCCUGGCGAGUGCAAACGAUCCGUCUGUAGCCUCAUUCAAACUACAAGCUGGUCUUGAUCGUAUAUCAAAAUGGUUGCAGUAUUGGCGCAUGAAAGCAAAUGAAACAAAAUCUACUCAUGUUACAUUCACAAUGAGAAAAGACACCUGCCCGGAAAUUAAACUUAAUAAUAUAAUAAUUCCGCAAUCAAAUAGCGCUAAAUACUUGGGCAUGCACUUAGAUAGACAUGUUGCUCAAAUUGUUGCACACGAGUUGGCACAUCAAUGGUUUGGUAAUUUAGUCACACCGAAAUGGUGGGAUGAUCUCUGGUUGAAAGAAGGUUUCGCUUGUUACAUGAGCUAUAUUGCAUUGAACAACGCACAUCCCGAGUAUAAAAUUAUGGAUAUAUUUACUGUUUUCGAAUUUAAAGAAGCUAUGCAACAUGAUGCCGAUAACAGUUCACAUGCCAUAUCUUUUGAUGUUGAAUCCACGACGGAUAUACGUCGUAUUUUUGAUCCGAUUACAUACUCAAAGGGAACUAUUUUAUUACGUAUGUUGAAUUCAAUAGUAGGCGAUGAAGCAUUUCGUGAUGCUACGCAAGAUUUAUUAAAAACAGCAGCUUAUAAUAAUGCAGACCGUGAAGAGCUUUGGGCGCAUAUGUCACACCAUGCUCAUGCCAAGAAAACAUUACCAGAAAACAUGCAUAUUAAGGAUGUGAUGAAUUCAUGGAUAUCAAAACCAGGUUAUCCCGUUGUGACAGUAGAAAGACGUGAUGCUGAUUUAGUUGUUAAACAAGAACGUUACAUACUUCCAUCAAGAAACGUAUCCGAUAACAGUCGUUGGGUUAUACCAAUUUCGUUUGAAACUGAUGAAUUGCACAAAGGAGAUAAUAUUCCAACACAUUGGAUGCAAGAAAAUGACACUGAAAUUAUUAUUAAUAAUGUCUUCUCCAGUGAUAAUAACACAGAUAAUGUAGUCUAUCUGAACUUAUAUCGCACUGGCUAUUUUCGCGUUAACUAUGAUUUGGCUUCUUGGUUGGCUCUUCGUAAGAAGUUUAGCACGUUGCCGCGUGUAACACGUGCUCAACUAUUAGAUGAUGCAAUGCAUUUGGCACAGGCGGAGUAUUUAACAUACGACAUACCAUUGACAUUCCUUAUAGAAAUUUUCUCAGCCACCGAUGAUGAAUUAUUAUGGAAUGCAGCGCAAAAUGGUUUAAAUUAUUUGAUUGAUAUGCUUCAGCGUGAACCGGCAUAUGAAACCUUUAGAGCUUUCAUGAAGUUCAACGUGCGUCCAGCUUUUGAACGUUACGGUUUGAAUGAACCUGACAAUGAGUCGCAUUUGCAGCUUCAGCAUCGUGCGGUAGUCGCUCGUUUGGCUUGCAAGUUUAACUAUGAUCGUUGCACAAUGGCAGCUCAUCUCAAGUACCGUGAAUGGAUGGCUGAUGCCAAACUAAAUCCUAUCAAACCCAAUUUGAAACCAACAAUUUAUUGCACUGCAUUAGCUGAGGGAUCAUUUCAGGAAUGGUAUUUCGCUUACAAGCAAUAUAAACGUAGCACAAGCGCAUCGGAGAAAGAGCAAAUACUAACAUCACUCGGUUGUACGACAAAACCGUGGUUACUCUCAAAGUAUUUAAAUAUGACAAUCAACCCUACUUCUGGUAUUUUAAAACAAGAUGGUGCGCGUGCCUUUCGUUCUGUUGCCAAAAAUCCUAUUGGCUAUGAAAUUGCAUUUGAUUUCUUACAGACAAACAUUAAAGAAAUUGCAGAUUACUUUGGUGACGGCUUCUCAACGCUAUCCGAGAUGAUAAAAUCCAUUACAACAUAUAUGAAUAAAGAAUACCACAAAGAACAGUUGGAACAAUUUGCUAAACGAGCACGUAAAUUGGGUCUUACGGCAGUGGAAUCCGCUAUAGAGGUGGCUAUGCAACAUGUGAACAACAACAUUUACUGGCGCAAUCGUUCCUAUUACAGCCUCAAAGGAUAUCUCGAGGCAAUUGUUAGUGAAUUCCACAUUAACAUUUUCUAAGCGUUAACUGUGGUAGCAUACUGCUCUAUAGAAUAAGCUCAUUUUAAUUAUAAUACACAUAUUUUUCUAAAUUAAUUUUGAAAUUAGCUGUAAAACAAAUGCAAUG